AUGUGCUCCCGCCAGGACAAAGACCAGUGCCACCGGCAAGAACGAUCCACAUGCCACAGCGGUGAAGGGUGCCACGGGAGCAGCGGUGGAUCUGGAUGCCACGGGAGCAGAGGAUCCGGAUGCCACGGGAGCAGCGGUGGAUCUGGAUGCCACGGGAGCAGUGGUGGAUCUGGAUGCCAUGGGAGCAGAGGAUCCGGAUGCCAUGGAAGCAGUGGUGGAUCUGGAUGCCAUGGGAGCAGUGGUGGGUUUGGAUGCCAUGGGAGCAGAGGAUCCGGAUGCCAUGGGAGCAGUGGCGGAUCCUGCCAUGGAAAGCCACGGGAUUGCCAGCAGCAAAUUUAUCAAGUAUCCUCAAAGAUGAAGUGA